ACUUGUAUUAUGUUAUUAAGUUACUUGUCUUGUAUAAUUGGCAUGGACUGGGUGACAACUUUGUAUAAACUGUAUAAUACUUUAUGCACUGUGUACAAAUGUUAAGUAAACUCAUGUACAAGUAACUUAAUAGCGUAAGCGGAAUAUAAUUAUACAUGUAUGUUAGUAAACAUUUUACCAUGAGUGUAAUGAGCAUUUCAGAUGUGGGCGGUGAUCAUUUUAAUAUUGUGGAUUUCGGAGAAUUCAAAUCAUCUCUGUUUGGCAAGUCACUCGAGUGUAUCAAAGAAUUAAAUGCCAAACUUCCGGAUUUUAAAUUUCGAGAUGGAGAUAUCCUUCUGGCUUCAUAUCCGAAAACAGGCUGCGCAUGGACGUACGAGAUCUUGACGAUGCUGCUUGCGGGCCGGGCGGUGAAACCGGAUCACGGAAAGAUGGACAGCAUGCUAGAGGCGAAUCUACCGGCUGACAUCGACCGCCAGCCUUCCCCGCGCGUCCUUAACUCGCACCUGCCACAUCACAGGGUACCUGUUGACAUACGGAACAAGAAGGUGAAGGUCGUGUUUGUGUUGCGGAACCCGAAGGACGCGGCUGUGUCUUACUUCAACAUGAUGGUGGGGAUGAAACACUACAACUACAGCGGCAACUUUCAAAACUGGCUACCUCUCUACAUGAACGGACCGUUGGCAUUCAUACCGUACACGGACUAUCUACAGGAGUGGGAACAGGUGUACCGGGACCAACUGUACGACAUGAUCAUCGUUUACUUUGAGGACAUGAAGAAGAAUACGAUGCAUGAAGUAAAAAGGCUCGCCGACUUUCUCGGUGUAUCGUACGCAGAUGAGCUUUUGGAGGAGAUUUCCGGCAAGUGCCAAUUCAAGGAGAUGCAAAACCGAUAUGACAAAGAUAUGAUGGGCAAAUAUAAAGACGAAGUCAAUUAUGGGUUUUUGAGAAAAGGCGAGGUUGGAGACUGGAAGCGUUGGUUCACGGUGGCUAUGAGUGAGGAAUAUGACGCCCAUCUACAACAGCACCUCGCGGGCUCCAUGUUUCAAUUCAAAUAUGCAUUGUGACAGCUGGCCAUGUUAAAACAUUAUAAUAUAGUACUAUUUAACAUUUUGUGUAAUAUUGUCCCUAAAUCGGAUUGUCUUUCAUUGGUGACGUGCGUUUAGUGACGUCAACAGUUCGGCUGUGAGAUCCAUUUGAUCCCGAUAUUAUUUAAGCAAGAUAUUUAUGUUUUCAGACCGAAAUUUGUUUUUGUCUCGUCCAAAAAUAUACAUGAACGGGAAAUAAACUGUAACACUGAAUUAACUAAUUAACUUAUGUGUCCCUCUUAGCGAGACUUUUUCAAUGAUGUUUUAAACGAAAGUUCCGACGCAUGUCUUACAAAGAGUCUCCCUAGAAGUGUUCAAGCACACCUUGAAAUUGCAUAUAAAAGGUUUCAAGCAUGCGAAACGCAAUAUUUUCCGCAAGGGAACUUAAAAUAAAAUAAAAACUGUUGAUUUGGUUUUUAUCGGUAAUUAAUAUUCCCAAUUGUUUCCCCUCGUAUACCGCUUGAAGCUGAUUUCUUUCAUCGAUUCCGAGCGAGUUGUGUGCCUAUUUCCAAUGUUAAGCCCUCGUUAACACUACAGUUUGAAUUUGCAGAUAUAAAAUGCCAUUUCGGGACAUAUACUUUCACUGGGAGUUUGAUCUAUUUCCAUUUAUUUUUUAAA